AUGGACUUCAGCUGGAAGGAAGCAAGACAGCUCUUUCCUAAUGAAUUGCACGACUUUGUUGACGAAUGCUACUCACCAGCCCGCCUAGCCAAGAUCACAGAUGCCGAUAUCGAAAAGUUCAUGAAAGGCAAGCCGGAGCGAACAGCGGAUGACGUCUUGAAGAAGCUCCCGAUAUGGCUCCGCGACCUCUACGAUGUGUUCCUACCUAAGCUCGCAGACAAACUUCCCCCGCAGCGCUCAUGGGACCAUAAGAUAGAGCUUCUGACUGGAAAAGAACCUCCGGUUCAUACGGGAGUCCUGAGCCGCUGUGCAGCACCACUACUCCUUGCCGCGAAGCCAGGAGGUGGUGUCCGGAUCUGCCAGGACUACCGCGGUCUUAACAACAUCACCAUAAAGAACCGCUACCCACUGCCUUUGAUCCGUGAGACUCUAGAUGCCCUAUGCAACGCCAAAUUCUGCACCGCCUACCUUGACGAUAUCUUGAUAUAUUCAACAGAUAAGAAGCAACAUAGGGAACACGUCCGCGAGGUAGUCACACGACUUCGCGAUGCAGGCCUCCAGAUUGAUAUCGACAAAUGCGAAUUCGAAACAACUAGGACGAAAUACCUUGGGCUGAUCGUUACGCCUGGAGGUGUCGAGAUGGACCCCGACAAGGUCUCUACAAUCCUCAACUGGAAGCCACCAACAGCACUCCGCGACUUACAAAGAUUCCUCGGCUUUGCAAACUUUUAUCGCCGCUUUAUCCGUGACUUCUCCAAGAUCACCCGGCCAUUAAAUGACCUCCUGAAGAAGAGCACAAUCUGGUCCUGGGAGGUAGAACACCAAACCGCCUUUGACCGACUGAAAGCCGCAUUCUCCGUAGCACCGGUUCUAGCCUUAUAUGACUAUAAUAGGAAAACUGUACUUGAAACAGACGCCUCGGACUGGGCGUCUGGAGGAGUCUUGUCCCAGUAUGAUGAUGAAGGCGUACUGCGACCUGUAGCCUACUUCUCGUCAAAACACUCGGCCCAGGAAUGCAACUACGAGAUCUACGACAAGGAACUACUGGCGAUCAUUAAGGCUCUGGAAGAAUGGAGGCCUGAGCUUCAAGGGACCCAAGAACCCUUCGAAGUCAUCACGGACCAUAAGAACCUUGAAUAUUUCACAACAACCAAGGCUCUAAACCAACGACAAGUCCGCUGGUCCGAGUUCCUGUCAGGCUUCAACUUCCGUAUUGUUUAUCGACCAGGCACCAAAGCCGUCCGUCCAGAUGCGCUAAGUCGAAAGCCAGAAGACCAACCCAAGCGCGCAGACACAAACGACGACCGCAUUAAGAACCGCCAACGGACCAUUCUGCCAGAACACAUCUUUGACCCAGAGGCCCUGGCUGAACUGACUCGAGAAGUCAAUGGGAAUUCGACCUCGCUGCCGCCCCGAUAG